AUGAAAGCCACCAUUUUACUGUGUUUCUGUGCUUUAGUGGCCCUCACCAAUGUAACUCUAAACUGUUCUAAAACCCUAGGAACACCUCUCAACACAAAGAUAGUAGGAGGUUGGGACGCUGAACCUGGUCAAUUCAAAUACAUCGUCUCCCUACGCACGGAUUACAACAACUACCACUUCUGUGGAGCAACCAUCAUAACCCCACGCUCCCUGGUAACCGCCGCCCAUUGCAAAAUCAUCGACGUUGAAUACAUCGUAGCCAUCAUCGGAACAACCCGCUUAGAUGACGACAACGCACGUCGUAUCCCCGUAAAAGAAUUCAUCACCCACCCUGACUACAACCCAAGUGGUAUCAUCAAUGACAUAGCAGUAGUUAUCCUAACAGAAGACAUUGAAUUCAACGAUAUGGUACAACCUCUUAAACUAGCAAGUAGGAAAGUCCAGGAUAACGAAAGGCUGACCAGUUCUGGAUGGGGCUACACCUCAUAUCCAGGACAAGCUCCCAACAACCUCCAAUGGAUGAACCAGAAUGUGGUCAAUGCUGAGGAGUGUCACGAAAUGGCCCCUGGUGAAACCAUAACAGGAAAAAUUUGUGUUUUGGAAAUGGAGGGACAUGGAAUGUGUUCCGGGGACUCAGGUGGUCCACUUGUGGAUUACUACCAGGAACUAGUGGGUGUCACCUCAUCGGCUUUCCUCUGCGCCACAGGAAAACCAGAUUUUUUCACUGAUGUUUUCUAUUUUAAAACUUGGAUUGAAGAUCACAUUCAAUAAAUAAGUUGAUCAUGAAA